UUAGGUUGUCACUUUUUAAAAAUAUUAGGUUAGAUUAGAUUUUAUAAAAUAGUUUUACAUUAUUUAUGUUUUAUUUUUUUGAUAAAAGAAUUAUUAAGAAAUCAGUAAACAAUCCGCUCAGCGAUAUUCUAUAAAUAAGACAUGUUAUGAUAGUACACAGAUAACAAUUAAUUAGUGACGACAAUAAUAUUACAAGUGCUUUAUUUUUCUACAAUACCCAGAGUCCCAGAGUAAAGUACUUUUCUGAUUUUCUAGCAGCUGUUAAUUUUUAGUAAUAACAUGUCUUUAAAUACACUAGCAAAGUUAAGCAAAGUCGGUGCCGAAAUUGCAGUAAAAAAUGCAAAUAAAAAUAUUCCAAUAAGAUGCAGUUCCAAGUUUGCACCAUUCAACUGGCAAGACCCAUUGAAUCUUGAAUCGCAACUAACCGAUGAAGAAAAAUUGGUAAGGGAUCAAUUUAGGUCCUAUUGCCAGGAAAAACUUAUGCCCAGAGUUAUAGAAGCAAACAGGAAAGAAGUUUUUCAUCGGGAAAUUAUGAAUGAAAUAGGCGAACUAGGUGUUUUGGGAUGUACAAUAAAAGAAUAUGGAUGUGCAGGAGUAUCCAACGUUGCUUAUGGUCUGUUAACACGUGAAGUUGAGAGAGUUGAUAGCUCUUAUAGAUCAGCGGUUAGUGUUCAAUCAUCUUUAGCAAUGGGUGCUAUAUAUUAUUAUGGAAGUACAGAACAAAAACAGCAAUACCUUCCAAAAUUGGCCAAAGGGGAAUAUAUUGGCUGUUUUGGAUUAACUGAACCAAAUCAUGGAAGCGAUAUAGGACAAAUGGAGACUAGAGCCAAAUACGACUCAUCUUCAAAAACCUAUAUUUUAAAUGGUAGUAAAACCUGGAUCACAAAUUCUCCAAUAUCAGAUAUUUUUAUCAUUUGGGCAAGAUGUGAUGAUUCAAAAAUAAGAGGAUUCAUAAUCAAUAAAAAAGAACAUGGUAAAGGUUUAGAGGCUCCUAAAAUUGAAGGAAAAUUUUCUUUAAGAGCUUCAACUACAGGUAUGAUACUAUUAGAUAAUGUAAAAGUGCCCGAAGAUCAUUUACUACCUAAUGCCGUUGGUAUGAGUGGACCUUUUGGAUGUCUGAAUAAUGCGCGAUAUGGUAUUGCGUGGGGAGCACUUGGAGCUGCUGAAGCUUGUUUAGAAAUUGCAAGAAAUUACACUUUGGAACGGCAUCAGUUUGACAAACCUUUAGCGGCAAACCAACUGAUACAGAAAAAGAUGGCAGAUAUGGUGACAGAAAUCUCUUUGGGGUUGAUGGGAUGCUACCAAGCUGGCAGACUUAAGGAUCAAAAUUUGCAUACGCCCCAAAUGAUUUCCUUACUAAAAAGAAACAACGCAGGGAAAGCAUUGGAAAUUGCAAGAAAUGCUCGUGAUAUGUUAGGUGGCAAUGGAAUAUCUGACGAAUAUCACGUUAUUAGACAUGUUAUGAACUUAGAAGCUGUUAAUACUUACGAAGGUACUCACGAUGUUCAUGCUUUAAUAUUAGGAAGGGGGAUAACAGGAAUUGCGGCAUUUUAAAAAGCUCGUUAAGUUUUAAAAAUUAUAUUUUUUAAUAUUUUUACUUGAAAAUAUAUAUAUUUGUUACCA